UGUGCACCCGCAGCUUUUGGCCGUCUGGGCGCUCGAAGCGGUUAGGUUCCUACCUCUGGCAUUUGACUUCUUAGCUACACUCAACUCGCCUUACGCGGCGCUCAGAGCGGGGACAUGAGUGUACCUGUGCCACCGCCUCCGGACGGGGUCCUGACCGGGACCUCCGACAGCAUGGAGGCCGGCGAGCCCACGCUGGGUUUAAGUGACGCUUCUCCAGAUGAAGGACUGAUAGAGGACUUCGCUGUAGAGGACAAAGCUGUGGAGCAACUGGUGGGAGGCCUGCUGUCUCACUACUUACCAGAUCUGCAGAGGUCGAAGCAAGCCCUCCAGGAACUCACACAGAACCAAGUUGUGUUACUAGAUACACUGGAACAAGAGAUUUCAAAAUUUAAAGAAUGCCACUCCAUGUUGGACAUCAAUGCUUUGUUCACGGAAGCGAAGCACUAUCAUGCCAAGCUGGUGAACAUAAGGAAGGAGAUGCUGAUGCUCCAUGAGAAGACAUCGAAGUUAAAAAAGAGAGCACUUAAGCUGCAGCAGAAGAGGCAGAAAGAAGAGCUGGAAAGGGAACAGCAGAGGGAAAAGGAAUUUGAAAGGGAAAAGCAGCUGACGGCCAAGCCAGCCAAGAGGACAUGAGAAGCCGCGCUGUGGGUGUCUGCUGCCUGUCAUACCCCUGGCUCUCCAGUGCUGGGCACAGAGAGGACUCGGAUGGUACCUUCUGUCAGGGCAUGUUUGAAAUCCUUGCCAGGGUUGCUGUGUCUCUGUGACUUCAGUUCACUUCACUCAAGAAGCCUUGUUUUUGAUACUUACAUUUUCAACUUUUGCUUAAUUUUAACAUUAUUUUGAUCUUAAAUCAUUUGUAAACUGAAAAACACUUUGGUUAUUACAAGAGUCUGGAUAUUAGUUCAUGAGUACAAGUGUUUGAGCUUCUUGAGAGUCGAUUUUAAAGUUUCAUUUUCUCGCCGGGCGGUGGUGGCGCACGCCUUUAAUCCCAGCACUCGGGAGGCAGAGCCAGGCGGAUCUCUGUGAGUUCGAGGCCAGCCUAGGCUACCAAGUGAGAUCCAGGAAAAGGCGCAAAGCUACACAGAGAAACCCUGUCUCGAAAAAAACCAAAAAAAAAAAAAAAAAAAAAAAAAAAGUUUCAUUUUCUCCUCUUGUGAUGACAGGCCGUUCCUGCGCUGUGACACUGAUUUUGGGCAAUUGCUUUUCAUUGCUUAAAGAGAAAUUCUAAUUGUCUGAUCACAAGGAAUCUCCCAGGAAGAAAACCACCAAGCCUUUGUGAAGAAUACAGGAAGUGUGUGUACACUGGAAAUACCAGCACCUUAGAUAUGGGUUAGGGGAGGGGAUGCCAGACAGAUUCUUCCAGCCAUUCUGUUUUUCAGUGUUGGUGCUUAUGUAGAUUUUGGGUUCUAAGCAGGAUUCCAUCCAUACCUAAAGCUGUGCAGUGAUGGUGGACCUGCCAGAUGCUCUGAUGCGCAUGUCUGUGCUUUUUGUUUUUUUCUCAGAUGAAGUCUCUACAAAAGCCCUGGCUGUCCUGGACUCACUCUGUAGACCAGGCUGGCAUCAGACUUACAGACAUCCACCUGCCUCUUAUUCCCAAGUGCUGGGAUUAAAGGCAUGCGCCACCAUGUCUGGCUCAGCGCUUUUUAAAGUAAAACAAAAUCUGCUGUUACUCAUGUCAUGUGUAAUUACAGGGUGGGUGGAAUGUUGGUAAAUAGUAUACAGGAGAGGUAGCAGAGUACCUUUAGUUACAGUCUCGAUGUUAUAUGUGGGAACUUACUCUGUAGGGCAAAUGAAGUUUCAUUGUUAGACAUCAAUAGUAUGCUUUCCCAUUUUAGUGUUUCAUACACAGCUGGGGUCUACCCCUACUAUAUGUGAGCUGGGCUCUAACCCUACUGUGUGUGAGCUGGACUCUAACCCUACUGUGUGUGAGCUGGGCUCUAAACCUACUGUGUGUGAGCUGGGCUCUAAACCUACUGUGUGUGAGCAGUCCAGAACUACAAAGGUGUCUGAGCAGAAUGUUGUCUUUAUACUCCAUGUUACACCUUUAGUGAGCUGGAAUCACUACCUCUGAUCACAUACUGGGCAAACGAUAAAGAGAUCAUUAAAGAUGAAUGAUGCUGAAAACAGUUUAAAGGCUUAACUACUUCUUUGAAAGACCUUUUCCUUCUUUAAGGAAUGAACUGUAUUCCGACAAGUCACUGCUCUCGACCUUCUGUUUAAGUAUACAAAGUGUCUAUCUGAAAGGCUGUUACCUUUAGUCACUUGCUGUUACUCCCAGAGCAGAGGCCACUGGGACUUGCAGGGCAGUGUCAUUAAAUUACAGAAUGUACUGUUGUAAUAAGAUAUCUGACAUCUGACAAAGGCUGUAGAUUGUUUUUCAUGGUGAUUUUAGACUGAUGGUGCUGGUUGUUUAAAAUGCUGUCCCUGGGCGCUUCCCUCAGUCUGUUGAAGUGAAUCUGUUCUUUAUUUGAUUUGCUUAAAGUUUCCCCCAGUGAUUCUGGUGUACCUUAAAGGAUGAGAUGCUCCCAGGUCUAGUCACUACCGGCAAGGUUUCCCACACUAAGGCACGUGUCCUUUUCACCUGGGAACUUGAGAAAAUACCAACAUCCUCAGUUCUUACUAGUUCUGACGUGGAGCCCAUAGAAGUUUGAGAAGUAUAGGUUGUUCAGUGACUUACAUUUAUAAGCCGUGGAAUAGUUUCAAAACUACCCAGUAAUUUGUGGAAUUAAUCUUAAGGAAUAAACUAUCCACUGUUGCUCUUGAUAUAUAAUCAGAUUUAAAACUGAACCUUAGCUGUGGGAAAUUGAAAGAGUCCUGGUUAAUUAAUUGAACUUUUUGACCUGUAUUAAAAUAAAUCGUGUUUAAUGAAUGAAUAGCAAGGCACAUGUGUUUUCAGAAUUAUAUUAAGUUUUAAAGACUUUUUAAAAUACGAGAAAGAUGGCCUGGAGAGAUGGCUCAGCAGUGAAGAGCAUGGACUGCUGUUACAAAGGACCCAAGUUCUCUUUGCAGCACCUACAUGGCAAUCCACAACCAUCUGUAACUCUAGUUCCAGGGGAUCCAGUGCCCUCAUCUAGGGCCUGCCAGCACCAGAGACACAUGUGGUACACUUUGUCACAUGUAGGCAAAACACUCAUCCGCAUUAUAUAGAAACAGAUAAAUCUACACAAAGAAGUACAUUAUUAUCCACUACUUUAAGUUCAGUGGUAAAUCAGAAAUAUGAUAGGUGAUCAAACCCUAAAGCUUUGGUUGUAUUUCAGUAAUGUGGAGAUAUAAUAAUCAAACCUGUAACCUUUUUAUAAUAGUCUUGCUGUGAUUUUCAACAAAUAGAAAUUGACUGGAAAAAAAUUGCCCUUGUUUUGAAACUAGAUAAGAUAUGCACAGAGCUGAAACGCUGGGCACUCCUUUCAUGCUGACUUUACCAUGAGUGUUGUGUAAAUACGCAGACAUUGAAUGUAAUGUAGAUGUGUCCACAGUGAGUUUUGUUGUGGAUUCAGUUUAUCAGUACCAACUGUGACCUUUGUCUGAUUUUGGUCUUAUAAAUGAAGACUACUGCUGUGGGAUGGUCUGUAUGUCAAAUGUGUUGCUGAUUGGUCAAUAAAUAAAUCACUGAUUGGUCAGUGGCCAGGCAGGAAGUAUAGGCGGGACAAGGAGGAGAAAAAACUGGGAAGUGGAAGGCUGAGUCAGAGAGACACUGCCAGCCGCCAUCAGGACAAGGAAGAUGUAAAGUACCGGUAAGCCACAAGCCACGUGGCAAGGUAUAGAUUAAUAGAAAUGGAUUAAUUUAAGCUGUAAGAACAGUUAGCAAGAAGCCUGCCACGGCCAUACAGUUUGUAACCAAUAUAAGUCUCUGUGUUUAUUUGGUUGGGUCUGAGUAGCUGUGGGACUGGCGGGUGCCAGAGAUUUGUCCUGACUGUGGGCCAGUCAGGAAAACUCAAGCUACAGACUACUUUUUAUGCACCUAAUAAAAGCAUCAGAAUCAUGCGGAAUUAUUUAUCAAGCACUAUUCUGUACACAGCAGUAUAUAUUUCUCUUUAUGUACAUUUGUAGGUGGUCUUUUCUUUCCUGCCUGCCAGUUCCCAUGAUAGCUCAGGCCUGUUAACUCAUUUUCUGCACGUCCUGCUUCCUCUGAAUCUGCUGGCAUGUUCUCUGACUCUGCCCUUCUUCAUCCCAGCAUCCUUAGUUUGGUUGUCCCACCUGUAAUUCCUGCCUGGCUACUGACCAGUCAGCUUUUUAUUAAACCAA